GACGCAGAACGAACCCUACCUAGCUGUGGGUUUUCCCUCGUAGCGCUUGGGGUUGCAGAGUGUUGUUGGGUUUUUUGAGUAGUGUUGCUGCGUUGGAGCAAUGGCUGCGACGCGGGGGUUGAGCCGUAAGACAUUGGCAGGAUUGCAGAGAUGGAACAACGCGACUCCGGUAUGGAGCCGAACGAUGAGCGCGCAGGCAACAUCUGGACCGCAGGCGACUGCUCCACCUCCGCCCCCUCCUCCUCCGCCUGCCGAGAAAACGCAGUUUGGAGGUUUGAAGGACGAGGACAGGAUCUUCACGAACUUGUAUGGGAUUCACGAUCCUUUCCUAGCAGGCGCGAAGAAGCGGGGGGAUUGGCAUAGGACCAAGGAUUUGGUGCUCAAGGGGACGGAUUGGAUUGUGAACGAGAUGAAGAAGUCGGGUCUGCGAGGGCGAGGCGGCGCCGGUUUCCCUUCUGGGUUGAAGUGGUCUUUCAUGCCCAAGGUGUCCGAUGGUCGUCCGUCGUAUUUAGUGGUCAAUGCGGAUGAGAGCGAGCCUGGAACAUGCAAGGACAGGGAGAUCAUGAGGCACGACCCGCACAAACUGCUCGAGGGUUGCUUGAUUGCUGGAGUAGGAAUGCGCGCUCGUGCUGCGUAUAUCUACAUUCGAGGAGAGUAUGUCAACGAGCGGUUGAAUUUGCAGAAGGCCCUGCACGAAUGUUACAAGGAAGGUCUGCUUGGGAAGAACGCAUGCGGUUCAGGAUAUGACUUUGAUGUCUAUAUUCAUUACGGAGCCGGUGCGUAUAUUUGCGGAGAAGAGACUGCUCUUCUAGAGAGUCUUGAGGGAAAGCAGGGCAAGCCACGAUUAAAACCACCAUUUCCUGCAAAUGCUGGACUCUACGGCUGCCCCACUACUGUGACUAAUGUUGAGACUGUAGCUGUGUCUCCUACAAUUCUACGAAGGGGACCUGAAUGGUUUUCGAGUUUUGGGCGGAAGAAUAACUCAGGGACAAAGCUAUUCUGUGUCUCUGGACACGUGAACAAGCCAUGCACAGUCGAAGAGGAAAUGAGCAUACCAUUGAAGGAGCUCAUUGAACGACACUGUGGUGGAGUGAGAGGAGGAUGGGACAACCUUUUGGCUAUUAUUCCAGGAGGAUCUUCUGUGCCUCUACUUCCCAAGAACAUUUGUGAUGAUGUCCUCAUGGAUUUUGAUGCAUUGAAGGCUGUUCAAUCAGGUCUCGGCACUGCUGCUGUGAUUGUGAUGGACAAGUCUACAGAUGUUGUUGAUGCUAUUGCUCGCUUAUCGUACUUCUACAAACACGAGAGUUGCGGCCAAUGUACACCUUGCCGAGAGGGUUCUCCUUGGUUGUGGACUAUGAUGGAAAGAUUGAAGGUUGGAAACGCAAAGUUGGAAGAAAUCGACAUGUUGCAGGAAGUUACAAAGCAGAUUGAGGGCCACACUAUCUGUGCAUUGGGGGAUGCUGCUGCAUGGCCUGUGCAAGGUUUGAUCAGACAUUUUAGACCAGAACUUGAACGCCGGAUAUUGGAACGAGCAGCCAAGGAGAACGAUGAGUUGAGAGUAGCUAAUUGUUAGGGGAUAGAACUAGUCGGAUUUUGAGAAACGCAAGAUGUCUUAGGGAAGGCAGACUUGGUCGUCGAGCAAUUGAAUUAUCUCGAUUGAAGUUCAUGUGACGAGGAACUCUCGACACAGUACCGAAUAAUUCUGCUUCCCACAGCAGUAUUCUGCUGCAGUGGUCAAUCAUUCCAGCUAUUGUUCUGACCGUUUGAGUCAGAUUCUCUGGAUGACAACUGUUUUCAACUCCAUCUCCUCUAUUUUCCUUUAAUUUAGCAUUCAUGUUACUGAAUCAA